GAGUUUUGUGGGGAGUUUUAUUUUCCUUCUAUUAGCGGUAGUACGGUAAAGGUCGUCAUCCCGGUGCCAGCACCCGGUUGGCUCUGCAGAUGUCAGGGCUUGGAAGCGCUGCGGGAGAGCCGAGACACGGGGCAGGGCGGCACGGACCCGCAGUGAGUCAAUUGGAGGCAAUGAAAGCACCGUGUUUGGCCAGGGAGCUCGGCUCGCCCUUUCGCCGCUCGGCAGGCCCGGAGGGUGCCCGGGGCCGCAGGUUUUCUCAAUAGGAAAACAGAAAAGAUGUUUGAUAUUAAGGCUUGGGCUGAGUACAUCGUGGAGUGGGCUGCCAAGGACCCCUACGGCUUUCUCACAACUGUGAUCCUGGCUCUCACGCCACUGUUUGUAAUUAGUGCAGCGCUGUCAUGGAAGCUUGCAAAAAUGAUUGAGGCCCGGGAACGAGAGCUGAAGAAGAAACAGAAACGCCAGGAGAACAUUGCAAAGGCCAAACGAACAAAGAAGGAUUAAAUGGGCAAAAAUGGCCUUGUGCAAGGAAUCCACUUUUAAAAUGAAAUACUUGUACAUUUUGUGUUGCAAUUGUCCUUUGAUACUUGAUCCUGUUAUUUCUUGAAGUAUGAAAUUUAAUACUUCCAGUGUAUUUUUUUCCUGCUGAUUUGUGUUAAAAUUUGCCCAAGCGACACUUGUUAAUUAUAUUUACUACUUGUAUUCUAGUGCAGGUUGCUUUUCUAAAUUUGCAUGUUAAAUUAAAAAAUUAACCUCUU